AAAAGACAAGUGUCUCUGCAGACCCAAAUACAGAAAAAAAGGCAAAGAAGAAAAAAAAAUGCUAAGAUCCUGUGUAACUAUCACUCAAAAAGGGAAAUCAAGCUGAGUGAUUGGGUGGAUGUUACCCUUUACCGCUCUGAGUCUGAAAAGAGGCAAUCCUUCAUGAAUCAUCUGUGCUGUACCUGUUUUUGGUUUUUUUUUUUCUUUCUUCCUUUUCAUUCAUCGACUGCACUUCUUUCGAACCAUUCUACCGCAUGAGUCUAGAAUUAGACACUGUCAGUUAUGCUCUCAUCAGUUCUAUUGUGGGAGCAGCCGCUUUGCUCUCCAUUCGCAAUUCAAAAUCACCCGACAUUCAUCCUUUGUUGCUGAAUACACAAUCAGACGUCUCGCGUCUUCGUCAUCCAGAAGAAAGCGCCGUUUAUCGUUCACGCAUGUAUCCCAUGGGCACUCCUCUGUGCUCUACCUUUGACCGUUCUAUUCGCACCUUGGCUGACCUUUACAAGUUGGCCGGUGGUGGCGGUAGUGCUGCUGGUCUGGAUAAACAUGCCGAAGAAGAAUUUUUAUUGGCCAAUGCUACGACAAACGACUAUUUGUCUUAUGGUGCGGUCAGUAAGAAAUUGAAGCCUAUUUAUCAUGGUCUUAGAACCACAGCUCAAUUGGUUCCUGGAAACGAUACCCAUUCUUUUGUCGGCUUGUACGGUAGGCAUUCUCACUACACCACCAUCACAGAAAUAGCAUGUCACUCGCAUGGAUUAGUCACCCUUCCUAUUGCCUACAACGCACCUUCUUCUCACGUCUCUCAUGUUCUCCAAAAGGCGUUGCUUCAAUGUCUUUUGAUAGAUGAGGAUCUGUUAGACCGAGUACUCGCCUUGAUCAAUGGGGGUAACAAGGGUGCUCUGAAGCAGAUAGUUGUUUUGCCCUCUUCAAAGACGUACACUGUCACGAAUGAAAAGAAACAAUUGGCAAAAGAGAACGGAGUGGAUAUCAUGACAUUCGAUGAACUUGAAGAGCACGGGGCUGCUGCUGCUGCUGCUGCUGCUGCUACCGCCAGUGAUAAAAUGGACGAAAGAGUGAUUGCACCUACUGAUAUUGCCAGUAUCUAUUUCACGUCUUCUAUUCGAAAGGAUGCAAAACACGGUGUCGUUUUGACACAUAAGAAUCUAUUAUCCAGCAUAGCUUCCUAUUUAUUGGUUAUUCCACCUCAACAAAGAUUUACGACAAAGGAUCGUCUAUUGCUCAGCCUGCCACUAGACAAUGUCUUUGGACAUGUUUUAGCGACAGCAGUAAGUGUGAUGGGAGGUUCUAUUGCCUUCCUUGGUGACGAUGAAGCGGAAGACGUUUUCACGAGCGAUAAAAAGUCCAUGGUUGCUCAUCUGAAGCCUACCCUUCUUGCGAGUGGUCCUGCUUUCUUACAACAAGCAAAGCAAUGGAUUGAAUCUCAUUAUGGUACAUCAUUUUUGUUUAAACGAGGAUACAAUGUAAAAAAAGCAUUCCUUGAAGACGGCCGUUUGGUCAGUGACUGUAAAUAUGAUAUGCUCGUGUUCCGCGCUAUCCGACAGACGCUAUUUGGAGGCAAUUUAAGAUUGAUCUAUAUCGACAAUGAUGACAGUACAGAUACAGACUUGGCCAUGUUCCUUCGCAUCGUUCUCUGUACACAAGUUCUACAAGCCUUCAAUAUGACCGAAACGACGUCUUCCAUUGUUGCCUCCAUGUUUUACGACUACAAUGCAGAUCCUGAAGCCAAAGGGGCUCCUUUACCUUGUAACGAAAUCAAGUUGGUCGACGUACCUGAAAUGAACUUGACCGCUGAGGACAUGCCUAACCCGCGUGGUGAAAUCUGGGUCCGUGGAAAUAAUGUCUUGACGACUUAUUACAACGACAUAGACAGUAGUGUCACCUCAGACGUGCUGGGCAGUGAUGGUUGGUUGAUGACAGGUUAUUUGGGUGAGAUGUUGCCUAACGGAACCGUCAAGGUGAUCGGAAGAAAGCAUUAGCCCCUUUUUUUCUUUUUUUGUUUCUGACUAUCAACAUGUUGCAUCAACAUUCCCUAUCUCAUCCUCUUUUUUUUCUUUUUGUUUUCUUUUGGCAACACGAUUCAAAUGUGUGUUACCAUCAUGUGUAAAAUAAUAAAAUAUUCCAAAGAAUAACUCUUUUUUUUUUUUUUUUU